GGUUAUCCUUAUUAUUAUUAUAUAUGAUCUCCACCAUUCUGACGCCAGGUAUCUUCUUACUUUUACCUUCCACGCCAUUAAUUCGCCGCCGGCGAUUCCUUGACGCCGUCGUUCCAUGUUGCGAUCGGAAAGCUCUGAUGGCUGCUGCUGCUGCCAGCUCCUCUGUUCGCUCCUCAAGAUCGUCAUCACGGCCGGCUUGGCUCUCUUCUUCUGGUGGCUCAUCUUCCGCCCCCGCCUCCCCCGCGCCUCCAUCCACCAGAUCCAGCUAUCCGACUUCAACCUCACCGCCGAUAAUUCCACCCUUCGCUUCAACCUCACCGUCGCCGUCGCCCUCCGCAACCCCAACAAGCGGGUCAGUCUCUACUACGACGCCCUCGACGCCGCUCUCUUCUACGGCGGCAAGCAGAUCCAGUCGGCGCCGCUCCCGGUCUUCUACCAGCCCCACAAGAACACCGCCGAGCUCGAAGGGAAGUUCAGCGGCAGCGCGGCGGGCGUGGCCGAGGCCUUCCGGGCGGAGAGGGCGGAGGGCACCUUCAAUUUCGAGGUGAGGGUGGAGAGCAGCUUGCGGAUGAAGCUUUGGUUCGUCAAAAUCGGGCACUUCCACCCCAAGUUCGAUUGCAAGGUAGGGAUUAGUGGCGGCGUGCCGGUGACUAAUGGGACUUGGAACUGCGAUCGCUGAUCCCGGCGGCGGAGCUCCGCCGUCUAUCCAUCUAUCGAUUAGAUUUCUUUGACUAAAAUCGAAAUAUGCAAUUCGAAGUUGGACGAGUCUGCCGGCGUCGAGAUGCCAUCUUUGUUUGAUUUGAUCGAUGUUAAUUGGCGAUUUUUCUACGUUUGUGUGAGCUGGUACUGAGCUGGCUUCUGCAUCUGUCUGUUUAUGAAUUAUUAUUGACUUGAGUUUC